UUGUUCGAUGUGGGAGGCCAGCGGUCUGAACGCAAGAAAUGGAUUCACUGUUUCGAGGACGUGACCGCCAUCAUUUUUUGUGUGGCCAUGAGCGAGUACGACCAAGUGCUACACGAGGAUGAGACUACCAACCGCAUGCAGGAGUCCCUGAAGCUCUUCGACUCGAUCUGCAAUAACAAAUGGUUCACGGACACCUCCAUCAUCCUCUUCCUGAACAAGCGCGACCUCUUCGCUGCCAAGAUCAAGAAGAGUCCUCUCACCAUCUGCUUCCCUGAGUAUAAUGGCGCCCAGGAGUUCGACGCGGCCUCUAACUACAUCCAGAUGUCGCCUGCGUCUUGCUGUUCUGGUGUUCGUCAUCCACGCUACUUAGGUCGUUUAUCCAUUCCUACGUUUUCUCCAGCCUCCGUUAUCUCCAGCCUUCGUUAUCUCCAACCUUCGUUUUCUCCAGCCUUCGUUAUCUCCAGCCUCCGUUAUCUCAGCCUCCAUUAUCUCCAGUCUUCGUUAUCUCCAGCUUCUGUUAUCUCCAGCCUUCGUUAUCUCCAGCAUUCGUUAUCUCCAGCCUUCGUUAUCUCCAGAGUCCAGCCUCCGUUAUCUCCUACCUCUGUUAUCUCCAGCCUCCAUUAUCUCCAGCCUCCGUUAUCUCCAGCCUUCGUUAUCUCCAGCCUCUGUUUUCUCCAGCCUUCGUUAUCUCCAGCCUCCGUUACCGCCAGUCUUCGUUAUCUCCAGCCUCCGUUACCGCCAGUCUUCGUUAUCUCAAGCUUUCAUUCUUUAGGUCCCCAUUAUUACGUAGCUUUAGCGUGAUGUGCUCAUGUUAUUGUGACAUCACACGUUAUUAAAUGACGUAAUGAUGUGAUUGCAAUCCACGUUAUUAAUUUAUUUAUUAACAAAAUCUUGGUCUUUGUACCCUUUUUACAUCCCUGCAAUGAUAUAUAUUCAAAGAUAUCAUCGGAUGGAGGGAGGUUUGCACAAAAAAUUAAUGGUGCAUCGUGCAAAAACCACUAGAAGAAACAUUAUGCUUGCCAGAAGAUAACUACAAAGACGACUUGUAAUAAU